AUGUCGAUCUCAUCAGUAGACGUUUCAUCCCUCAAGCAGAGAUACGAGAAGGCGGGUCAGUCCCACCUCUUCGCCUUCUGGGACAAACUCAACGCCGACGAGCAGGCACAGCUCGCGCAGCAGCUCGACGAGCUCGACGUCGAACGUGUCAACCAGGUCUUCCAAACCGCCAUCAAGGCUGACGAGGAGGCUCGCGCUGGCAAGUCGCACGAUGUGCAGCCCCCACCGCCGUCGUCGGUGGUCAACACAAUCCAGGGCGAGGCUGAUCCCGCCACGGUCGAGCACUUCCGCACCGUCGGCCUCGAUGCCAUCGCUCGCGGCCAGGUCGGCGUGCUCUUGAUGGCCGGAGGCCAGGGUACCCGUCUCGGCUCCACGGCUCCCAAGGGCUGCUACGACAUCGGCCUUCCUUCCCACAAGAGCCUUUUCCAGAUCCAGGCCGAGCGCAUCCUCAGGCUGCAGCACCUUGCCGCUCAGCAUGCCCGCGGCUCUCCUUCCGGCUCUUCAGACGGCUCCAGCGCUUCGGUCGUGAUUCCAUGGUAUAUCAUGACCUCGGGCCCCACCCGCCGCGACACCGAGGCCUUCUUCGCAGAGCACAACUACUUUGGUCUGCAGAAGGAGGACAUCAUCUUCUUCGAGCAGGGCACGCUGCCCUGCCUCUCGCUCGAGGGCAAGAUCCUGCUCGACAGCACCAGCAGAGUGGCUACAGCCCCAGACGGCAACGGCGGCCUCUACCGCGCGCUCCGUACGCCGUACAACAAGGGCCAGCCUCAUACCGUCAUCUCGGACCUCGGAAAGCGCGGCAUCAAGUACCUCCACGCCUACGGUGUCGACAACUGCCUCGUCAAGGUCGGCGACCCCAUCUUCCUCGGCGUCUGCCUCGAGCAGGGCGUCCAGGCCGGCGUAAAGGUGGUCAAGAAGGAGAACCCCAAGGAGUCGGUCGGCGUCGUGGCGCUGCGCGACGGCAAGUUUGGCGUCGUCGAAUACUCGGAGAUCCCCGAAAGCUUGAGCGAGGCACGCGAUGCCAACGGCGAGCUCUCGUUCCGUGCGGCCAACAUCGUCAACCACUUUUACACCACCAAGUUCCUCGCCGACGACGUGCCGGCGUUCGAGCCCGAGAUGGCCUUCCACAUCGCACGCAAGAAGAUCCCCACCGUCGAUCUCGCCACGGGCAGCCCCGUCAAGCCCUCGACGCCCAACGGCAUGAAGCUCGAGCUGUUUGUCUUUGACGUCUUCCCCUUCUGCGGCGACAAGCUCGCCGUGCACGAGGUGGCCAGGCCGGAGGAGUUCAGCCCGCUCAAGAACGCAAAGGGCACCGGUGUGGAUGAUCAGGACACCUCGCGGCGCGAUCUGCUCGCUCAGCAGAGCAGGUGGCUCGCCGCUGCUGGCGCCACGGUCUCCGAUGGCACCGAGGUCGAGCUCAGCCCGCUCCUCACAUAUACCGGCGAGGGCCUCGAGAGCUUUGCCGGCAAGACCCUCUCACAGUCGGGCAACAUCGAGCCCUAG